CACUACGUUUGCUCUCUCAAGUCGUGUCAACAGAUAGAACGAUCCGUACAACUUUUUGUUUAUGUUUGUGUAUUUUGCAUUGUUAUUUAAAUUAAAAAUAUUUUAUUGAAUUCCUUUCAUCUUUUGGGUUAAAAAAUUAGCAUAACACGUCAAUUACUAACGGCGAGGAGCAAAAAAAAGUUUCUUCAAUGCGCAGUCGUAACUGCGCCCAAUAACAAAACAGUGUACAAAAAGUUAAUUCAACUCAUGAAAAAUGGACUAAGUGACAGCUUCGUUUGUGACAAUAAAACGUAACUUUAAUUGCGAAAUAAGUGAAAUUUUAGUGAAAAAUUGGUGUUUGUAAGAUAUUUGCAAAAAUUUAAUAAUAUAAAAUAUGCACAGCGAAGAAAAUUGAAACCGUAUACAAACCAAAUAAAAAAGUGCAGGCUUUCUUAGAUUGAAAUUUCUUGAAAACGGUGCUCAGCAAUGCUCACACUGCUCAGUGAAUGCCACUUUUGGACGUUACGUGAUGAGGUGCGCAUCAAACCGACGGACUAUGGUGCAUUUCGCUAUAUGACUAGUCGGGAAUUUCAGCAAAGUGGUGCACAUGACCUAGCGGCCAUAGCUAAACGUGACUACACGGAACGACGCAAUGGCAUUGCCGUGCUAAAGAAUAAUCGCAAAAGCAACGGGAGACUUAAGGAUAACAUUAAGAAAUUAUGCGAAAUGCUGCGUUCGCAACGUAUCGUCUACUCCCAAUGGAAGGAUGCCGCGCAAGUGCUGCUCCUAUUUGCCAAUGGCCUUAUUGCGCAUAUAUGCGUAGACAUUUACACCGGUGAUAUAUUACGUAUGGUCUUUGAAAAGUACUUCGUUGGUAAAUUGGCAGCGGAGGUUAUUACCGAUGCUUUUUUUACGCGUUCACAUAUCGUGCUAGCGUACAAUACGAACCAGUUGACAGUUGUAUAUUUACAGAAGCCAAAUAUGCGUCCACAAGGCCCAGAGAAAAUCUCGAAUAUGGAUCCGCGCAUAUUUCAUGUUAUAAUACCAGGUCCAGGUGAACGUAAACUUUCCCGUCACUUGUCUGUGAACAGUAGUUAUGAUUUGUUUGUGAUAUGGACGAAAUCAUCACAAAAUGAAGUAUACCCUUGGCGGCCGACCAUAAGAGAUCAGGAUCGUGCGAACAUACAUGUAUUCAAACUAAAAGAUGCGCAGCUCGAAUCGAUUUCCUACUGUUGGUCUGAAAAUGAUCCACUUUGUGUUGAUUUUUUACGUUCAUCCGAAAGCCAAAUAUUAACUGUUGAACAAAAGGUAUCGCGUAAGGGAGAGAUUUUUGCAGAAAUUUGCUCUUACGAGAUAACACCAGGGAAAAUGCAAAGAACUGCUCUAACAUCAAUAACAAUGGGCACAGAAAUUUGUUGUUUUGCGUUCAGUCCAGAUCAAGAAAAACUGUUCUUAGGCACUAUAGAUCGUAAUAUAUGUCUGCAUGAUUUGGUGCUGCAAAGUACAAAAUAUGUAGCGCAAAUUGAAAUAAUACCAACUCAGUGUACUUGGCACAGUGACUCCAGUAUUAUCAUGACUGCAAAUGAUCGUGCACAGUUUCAGUGUUUUGAUUUAGCUUUAACACCAAUUGGCAAUCAGUUACAGAGUGAAGAUGUUACGCCAUCCAAUCUGCUUGACUUGUCGCAUUAUUUCACAGUACAACCAACACUUUUGGAAAUAUCUUUUAGUCCAAAACCUGAUUUAGCAAAUUUUACUCAUACUUUUGCACAAACCGAUUGCUUUCUUUUGUUCACAUUUGACAAUGGUCCUAUUGGCUGUUUACGAUUUUUUUCGGGCGCUGGAAUGCGUGGUGAUAUACACAACUCUGGGCUUACGGCAGAUGUUAUUGUUGAUAAGUAUUUAGCCUUAAAUCAGCUUGAAAAGGCAGUUAAUCUCUUAGUGGCACUGAAUUGGGAAACUUAUGGUGCCAUGUGUCUCAUUUCGUUACAUAAAAUUUCGAAUUAUGUAUUUUAUCGAAGCGACGUGAAACGAGCGCGUAUUGAAUUAUUGGCCAAAGCUUUAAAAACCUUUUCCGACACUUUGUCAGAAGAAACAAAAGAUGAGUUCAGCGAUCAAGUUUUUGAUUUAAAAAGGCGUUUCUUCUUUUAUUUAUUAAGGCAAAAUCUGUUUACAGAUGCAUUUGAAGUAGCACAGGAUAUUGAUGAUUAUGAUUUAUUUAUGGAUCUUUUCAAUAUAACGAAACAAAAUACAAAUAUGUCCGAAUUUUCUGCAACAUGCCUUACACAAGCUGCAGUUAUUUUACAUGAAGAAGAUCGUGCUAAUGGAAACUUAAGUAUGAUGGGUGAUUCUCGCUCGGAAUCAGCAUGUUCAUUGUCAACUGUUUCAGAUAUACCAACAACAAUUAACCAUAGCAACAGAACAUUGCAGACACCACAUGCACAUAAUCAACAAAGUAGUGCAUUGCAAAAUUACGUGCCACCAUUACCUUCACUUAAAUCGAAAGUAUUUAGUGCUGAAAUGAUUAAAAUUAAUAUUCCAAAGCCAGAGUUACGUAUUGAUACAACUCAAGAACGUACGCGUCCACCCCCGCCACCUUUACCAAAUAUCAAACAAUUAAAAAUAAAAAGUGCAAGUCAUAUGUCAACAGAUGCCAGCGCCUUAGCUACGCUUGCCAUGAAAAGUGGUAGUAAUAUCAACACACAACAAACAAAAACAAUGCAAACUAAUGGAAGCUCAUUAAGUCUGCUUAAUAAUGAGUGGCAGCAAUUAACUGAUGUUGGCAUACCGAUAUCCAUUGCAACGGCCACUGCAACAAAUUUGUGUAUACCUGCUACAAUAACAGCAAAUAAGCCAUUGCGUGUACCAACUGUUGUUAACACACAGGAGCAAGCAAAUUCAUAUUUACAUUAUGCCAGUACAAGUAAUCCUGAACGUAAUCCUGUGCCAACAUUUACUUUAUAUCAGCAGCAUCAACAACAGCAGCAACAACAUCAACAUCAACAACAACAACAACAACAACAGUUACAACAGCAACAAAUACCAAUGCUGUCUGGACUGCCAACAGCAACAUAUCAACCUAAGUUUUAUCAACAUCCGCUGGUGUCAGGUACAAUACCGCCUACAAUAACAGUAGCGCAUGAUGAACAGCAAAAGCGUUUGCUCACAAGGAAACCAACUGCAUCCAUACUUUCCAAUAGUUCUGUGGCACUAAAUGGGAGCAAUGCUAUCAACACAGCUAUAGCCAGUAACAAUGUUGCUGUACAUAAUGGUAGUGCUACACUCAAAGAUGUUAGUAAGAAUGUCGCUGGUGAAAAAAAUAAAGUAAAAUUCUCCGAUACGGUCCAAGUAGCCGUUGUGCCGGAGAUACCACGUAAAGAGAAACCCCUGCCUCCAAAACGCAAUGGUUAUUCUCGACCACUGUCGCGUAAUUUAACAAAUCCUAAAAAAGAACUUGCUGAUAGUUUACCACUAUGUCAUCCUAAUGAUGACUAUUUAAAGGAUUUCAAUCCCAUAUCCACUGAAGAUGCACCAAGAAUUGUUGCCAAACAACAUUCUAAAGAAGAUCAAACAGCUACCAAAUCACCACCUCCAGCACCUCCGCCAGCUAUUAAAGUAGUACACUUCGGUGUUGUAUAGGCUUUUCUUUUCUAAAUUUCUUAACAACUUUUUAAUUAUUUGUAAUGCUAUAUUUUUGCUUCGGCCAAUGAUUCCCUAAGUUUAGUAUUCAUAUCAUAGUAAGCAAAUUUUUAAAAAACAAAAUAUUUAAUAGUAUACAGUAAUGCUACAAAGUGCUCGAAUCAGUACGUUCUUUGACCAGCUGUAGUAUAUUC